CUCGCUCAGCUAUUCAUAAACGAGUGAGUUACCGGUUUCCGCCUGCAAAGUUACCAGUAACAUCGCCAUCCCUACAACUCUACCAAAAAUGUCGGAGAACUACGUCGCCCCCGGCCAGCAGCGCUACCUUCGUGCCUGCAUGGUCUGCUCUAUCGUCAUGACCUAUGCUCGCUUCCGUGACGAAGGAUGCCCCAACUGCGAAGACUUCCUCCAUCUCCAGGGCUCGCCGGAUCAGAUCGACAGCUGCACGUCGCAAGUCUUUGAAGGAAUCAUCACCAUUGCCAACCCGCAGAAGUCGUGGGUGGCGAAGUGGCAGAGGCUGGACGGUUAUGUGAAGGGUGUAUACGCGACCAAGGUGUCGGGCCAGUUGCCGGAUGAUGUGCGCACCACGUUGGAGGAUGACGGCAUCCAGUAUAUCCCGCGCGAUGGCAGUGCGACGGAAGCGGACUAGAAACUCGAAGCUGUGAUGCAAGAAGCCGAUAAGGAAUAGGGCGGAUAAAAAAGCAGGAAAGAGAAUCG